AUGGGCAGCGUCACACUGCGCUAUUUCUGCUAUGGCUGCCUCUUCACCUCCGUGACCUGGUCCGUCCUGCUCUUCCUCUACUUCAGCCUGGGCCAAGACGGCGGCCGGCCCACCUUCAGGUAUGUGCCCAUCCAGGGGCCCCAGGCCCACCGCUUCCAGCCCCGUUUCACCAGGAGCCCUGGAGGAGGGCCAGAACAAGGCAUCACGGCAGUCCCUGCAGGAGGCAACAAACAGGCCAAUCUCUCUCCGGAGAUGGGUAAGUGAGCCCUCCUUCAGAGCACAAAACUUGAAAUGACCCCCAUUGGUCAAAGAUGAUUUCACUCUUAUCUUUAGACAGAACUUUAUAGGAGUGGACAUGAACAUUUAUGUUACCAUAGCAGUUUAUAUAAAGGAGCUGGCCUGGAAGAAAAUCUCAAAAUGGAUGUCAGUUAGUUAACGAAGCUCAUGUGAACUGCAUCGUAAUCAACUCCUAUGGACUGUAGGCCUGUUGCCUUCAGAGUGUCACAUACACCCAGAAUGAUGAGCUCUUAAAGCUCCACAAGCUCCAUCGUACCCAUGAGAUUCUGGAAUGGCUUAGGACGUUUUGACAGUCUGUAGUCUUCAUGGGGUCCCAAAGGGAAGUUUGUAAUGUUGGUUUGCUCCCAUGUCAACCAAAAAAACAUUUAACAGGCAGGCAGAGCGAUGUGAAAACGAUCAACUCCAAAGUGUCGCCUAGGCUAUUCCACAAUGCCUUUAUGCAUCAAAGCCCAUUUAUAAUUGGACAGUGAGAAACAUAGGAACAAUCAAGCUAACCGUAACUCAUUACAGAUUAUCAUUAAGCAAGUUCGGUUGGCAAACUGUCUGAAAGCAGGUGCGACGACGAAACACAAAUGGUGCAUUGCAGCAAUGAAAAAGCAAUUUUGAAAUGGUUUUGAAUUGGAGUGAGGCCUUCAGCUGGCUGAGGGAGUUCAUCAGCAAAGUAAACCUAAGCCAUUACCACACACUCAGGAUGUAGGCCCCUUGUGUUACCAUGGCAAUGUGGAUGCAUCAAUAGAAUCCUCACACUGACCAACUACCACAAGUACCCAAUACAAUACAAUAGUACAAGUACUAUUCUGAACGAUUGAAUCCACUUGCAUCCUUUUUUCCCCCAUCAUCCCGUCUUUUCCUUUUCAGGUAUGAUUUUUAAUGAGGAAGACCAGGAGGUGCGAGACAUGGGUUAUCACAAGCACGCUUUCAACGUACUGAUCAGCAAUCGACUAGGCUACCACAGAGACCUCCCCGACACUAGGGACGACAAGUGAGUUGAGAGCGUGACAGCGUGUUUGUGUGCGUGUGUGUGCAUGGCAUAUAUAUGGGUUUAUUGACCCAGUCAGAGUGAACAGCUGACACUGACUCAGCACUUUGCAAGCCAUUGAAUGAAGGUCGACGGUAGCCAAAGGCUAAAUGGGAAAUCAUGUCAAUCUCUCUCUGCCUGGCUUGUAGCAAUUACGAAAUCAAAGGACAAGCCAAAGCAUCUGUCUAGAAAUGAAUUGAUUUAGCACUGGUCCGUGGCUAACAAGUAGGCCUGCAGGUUGGAGUAAUCCCACAUGUUAUGUGUUACGAUGAGUUGCUUGUAAAUGUUUUAGGAGAGUUUGUAAAUCCUGCUUACUCUGCAGACAUGUUAGGAUAUGGCAGAGAGUGAGUAGUUAAGGCAUAGUAUUUUACAGCAAAGGGUAAAAACUGUUAACAUGUCCAAGGGGCAAGGCUUUCACAACUUUCACAAGGUUGAGGAAAGUUCUGUAGGUGUGACAGUCAUGAGCCAAAUGUUGCAUUACAAGCUGCACAGUGAAAGAGCAUGAGUGUAGGGUGCUACGAAAGUAAGGUCAAAACUUUGGUUUCUUUGUCAUUAAAAGUCACAGACUGAAUCAUUAGAUUGUUCUCUACAUCAUUAGAUUUUUCUUGUCAUUUUAAUCUCCAGAUCCUUGGCUAUAUUGGCGAUCAAUCUACGUUGAGAGGGGGCCGUUUCUAUGGCGAUUUAAAGUGAAGGACUCAAAUACACAAUGAAAACAUGAACAGAUUGUCUUCGCGGAGGGUGGAUAUUGAUAUUCAGUCUGUUAGCUUUGUAAAUAAAAUAAAUAUUUAGUCCCUGUUUUGUAUUCUGCGGAUUUCAUUUAGAAAAAGCCUGUGUUUUCAUUCACAAACCUGCAGCCACUAGCUAAGUUAACUUGUCAGUUGACGUUCGAAGUUAGCACUGUUCUGCCACGGAGCAGCACCACAGAGUUCUAUUGAGCAGUGACCACUUGUUAAUCAUGUCCGUGAUGACAUUCCAUUCACUAUAAACAUGCUAAAUUCUCAGAGUAAGUCAUCUACCUUCUGAACCAUAAAUGAUAGAGACAUUGGGGUUGGACUGUUGUUUUUUUGACGCAAUUCUCUAUUGAAUGGACAUUGAAUUAAUUAAUCAUUUUAUGAACACCCUAAUGAGUGUUGUAUGCAUGUCAUUAUCAAAGAUGAUCUGAUCCUAGUUCUGUUUGUCCCUGUAGAACUAUUGCUUGGUGUGCUAACAUGCAAUAUGUGUUGAUCGUGAAUCCCCUCCCUCUCUCAGGUGCCGAGACAUGAUCUAUCCUCUGUCCCUCCCCGCGGCCAGCGUAGUGAUCUGCUUCUUCAACGAGGCGUUCUCCGCCCUCCUGCGCACCGUGCACAGUGUCCUGGAUCGCACGCCGGCCUACCUGCUGCAUGAGAUUAUACUGGUGGAUGACAGCAGUGAACUAGGCAAGCUGCUCAUUCCAGUUGUGUAUCUCUAUUUAGGACGUGAACUCUAUUGGUUUGUUCAGGCUCGCCGGAGCGACGCAGACCAUAACAACGGCCAGUAAAUGAUUGGAUGCUGUCAUGGAAUGUGUCGGUCUACAGUGUGUGUGCUUCAAUAACCGACUUGGAGAACAAACGCAGGCUACGGUAUUGUAUUGACAUAUUGAAAAAGAGUUUUGUCUGUAUCAACUGAAAAGUUUGUCAAGGGUCUUAUGAGUAGGCUUAGAUAGCCUUGUAAAAUAGAGCUUGGAUCUCAAUGGGAUCUACAUGUAUAAAUAAAGGAUAAAUAAAGAUAACAGCUCCAUCUGAAAGCAUCUCUCCUGUCCCUCCACCACAGCUGACCUGAAGGAAGAUCUAGACAGCUAUGUCCAACAGCACAACCUCCAGGGCAAGGUCAAGGUGGUCCGUAACGAGAAGAGAGAGGGACUGAUCCGAGGGAGGGUGAUAGGGGCUUCUCAUGCCACCGGUGAGCCCCCCCAAACCAUAACUCUUCACAUAAUGGGUAACACUUUAUAUUUAAUAAAACAUUUAUAAACAGUGUUUUAUGAAUUGACUUACCAUUUUUAAAUAAUUUAUUCUACAUUUUGUAAAUGUCAAUAAGCAAUCUCUAAACAGUAAUUUACACAUGUAUAAACACUAUUUUAAUGAAGCUGCCUUUUUUGUCAACAUGCUAGGUUAGCUGAUGCUAAAGCAGCCCAUUGGAUUCAAUGAAAAUGUGAUGCCUAGUGUUGAGGUGAGUUGCUGCCGGAGGUGUUGUGGAAUCCAAUGGGCUGCUUUAGCAUUAGCAAAAAUGCUGACGAAAAAGGCAGUUUAAUUAAAAUAAUGUUUAUAAAUGCUUAAAUGACUAUUUAGAGAUUGCUUAUUGACGUUUACAAAUGUAGGAACAAUGAUUAAUACAUGGUAAGUAAACUCUUUACAAACUGUUUAAUGGUUUAUUAAGGGACCUUAAUAUAAAAAGUAUUACCCACUGAUGUAACAAUAUUCACACUGAGACAGGGAUCCCAUUUCUGACACCAUGUAACAAUAUUCACACAGACAGGGAUCCCAUUUCUGACACCAUGUAACAAUAUUCACACAGACAGGGAUCCCAUUUUGACACCAUGUAACAAUAUUCACACAGACAGGGAUCCCAUUUCUGACACCAUGUAACAAAAUAUUAACACUGAUACAUGGUGUCAGAAAUGGGAUCCCUGUAUCAGUGUGAAUAUUGUUACAUGGUAUCAAAAUGGGAUCCCUGUAUCAGUGUGAAUAUUGUUACAUGGUAUCAGAAAUGGGAUCCCUGUAACAAUAUUCACACUGAGACAGGGAUCCCAUUUCUGACACCAUGUAGCAAUAUGCACACUGAGACAUGGAUGCAGCUUAAAUAACUUUAACUUUAAGAAGUUUACUGUAAGUCUUCUGUCAAGUUCAAUACAGAUGUAAUAGUGUUGUAUUAUAAUCAGCAGCAGUAUGAUAUAGGGGACCAUGCUACAGAUUAACCAAACUGUAGUGUUGUACCCUUAUCCCCAAGAAACCCUGAUCUGAGAACUCUCCCCAUUGUUCUCUGUCCUCUCUCCUGAUUGGUGUUUCCUCUCUGAAGGGGAGGUGCUGGUGUUCCUGGAUAGCCACUGCGAGGUGAACGAGGCGUGGCUGCAGCCCCUGCUGGCUCCCAUCCAGCGGGACCGCAAAACAGUGGUGUGUCCCAUCAUCGACAUCAUUAGCGCCGACACCCUGGCCUACAGCCCCUCGCCCAUCGUCCGUGGGGGCUUCAACUGGGGGCUGCACUUCAAGUGGGACCCCGUGCCCGCGUCAGAACUCAACAGUCCCGAAGGAGCAGUGGGCACAAUCAGGUAA